AUGGUGGUGGGUAUGCCAAGUCGCAAGCAGGCACCUCUAGACAGCAGUGAGUCAGGUGCUGAGACCAAGGCAGGGAGAGCAGGCAGCUCGCGAUCCCUGGCUUCUACCUCUGCCCUCGACUCCUUCUUCGACCCUCUCGAGUCCUCCUUCUCCUCCUCCGCAUCUAUAAAAGAAGGCAGUGAAUCAUCAUCAUCAGCAGCAGCAGCAGCAGCAGCAGCAGCAGCAGGUCAGCCAACCAAGGCAGGGAGAGCAGGCAGCUCGCGAUCCCUGGGUUCUACCUCUGCCCUCGACUCCUUCGACCCUCUUGAGUCCUCCUUCUCGUCUUCCUCCUCCUCUUCAUCUGUAAAAGACAGCAGUGAGUCAGGUGCUGAGACCAAGGCAGGGAGGGCAGGCAGCUCCAGGUCCCUCGCCUCCACCUCGGCUCUCGACUCAUUCUUCGACCCUCUCCAGUCCUCCCUCACCACUAGUCAUAGCACUCAACAACCCAAGGCAGGGAGAGCAGGCAGCUCCAGAUCCCUCGCCUCCACCUCUGCUCUCGAUUCCUUCUUCGACCCUCUUGAAUCCUCCUUCUCCUCCUCCUCUUCCUCCUCCUCAUCCGGUUCUGUAAGCAAGAGCGGUGUUGCUUUGGGAGCAGCAGCAGCAGCAGCAGCGGCAGCAGGAGCAGGAGGAGCGUCAGGAGCGCGAUCAAGAGCGGUUGAGAACGGUUACAAAGGGAAGAGAUCGACAGCAGGGUUAGUAUCUGUCACCGGAUUGGCUGGUUUCAAUGCUGAGGAAACUUCCCAGAAACACGAGCAGCAGGAGCAGGAAAGGCAGAGGCAGGCAGAGGAAGGAGUGUUUGCUACAGUGCUGACGUCAGCGGCUGACAUCAUCCCCGUGGCCGUGUGGAUCCGAUCCUUCCGCCGCCAUCAUUGCGGGCGGGCAGACGAGACAAAUAGCACCGGUGGCGGCAUUGUCAGCUCUGGCACUGAUGCCUCAGCAGUGUUAUCUAAAGAUGGGUCUACAGGGAAGCAUGGCAAGCAGAAAAUGAGGCAUGGGUGGGGGAGGAGGGGGGAGGAGAGAAGCAAGAAGAGGGGUGGAGGAGGAGGGGGAGGAGGAGGGGGAAUGGGAGGACGGGAGGAGGGGAAGGGGGCGGAGGGGAUGGGAGAAAGGAGGGUGAUGAAGGGCGGCCGGGCCGGUGUGGAUAAGGACAAGUGUCGCCGUACGCUGCUGCUGGUGUCGUCUAAAGUGGCCAAGGAGAAAUGGGCGCCCUAUGACUUUGAGUCGCUCUUCUGGUCCGUGCGAGUGGUCGACCUCGUCUCUGUGCAACACCCGCCAGCUCGUGCCGCCCGACCUCUGCCGCCCGACUUCAUGAUUCUACGGCUGUGGCAGCAGGUGGGUUCAGUUAACGUGGCAGCCUGCCUGCCUCUCCACCUCUUCUCCCACCACCGCCCCUUCACUGCUGCCCCCUGCCGCUGUACCCUUUGCCCCUGCCCGUUUUCCCCCUGCCCGUUUUUCCCCUACCCGUUUCCCCCCUGCCCGUUUUCUCCCUGCCCCAUUUCUCCCUGUCUCCCUUCCGCCCCACCAACCAUCAGACGGACAUCCCACUCAUUGCCUACGUUCAUCCGCUCUCCCUCUUCUGGCGAUCCUGCCUCCAACUCUUCUCCCACCACCGCCCCUUCACUGUUAUCCCUCUCUCCCUACCCCCUCUCUCCCUGCCACCCUUUCCCCUGGCUCCCUUAUCCCUCUGCUCCAACCCCAACCAACAGGUCGACAUCCCACUCGUUGCCUACGUUCAUCCCCUCUCCCUCUUCUGGCGCUCCUGCCUGCAACUCUUCUCCCACCACCGCCCCUUCGUUUCUGCUCACCUCCCAACCCCCCUGUCUCCCUCCCGUCCUCCCCCCCCCUCAAUAUCCACAGACCGACAUCCCACUCAUCGCCUACGUGCAUCCCCUCUCCCUCUUCUGGCGCUCCUGCCUCCAACUCUUCACCCACCGCCAACCCUUCGCCGCCGCCUCUCUCUCCCUGCCUACUCCCAUACCCAUGCUCCCCACUCCCUGUCCCCCUCUUCCCCCCAAAUAUCAACAGGUUGACAUCCCACUCGUUGCCUACGUGCAUCCUCUCUCCCUCUUCUGGCGAUCCUGCCUGCAACUCUUCUCCCACCACAGCCCAUUUGCCGCCGCCCCUCUCUCCCUGCCUCCUGACCGCUUCUCCACCUCCACUCUCCUCCUCGCUCCCUCAGAGAACCUCUAUCAGGUGCGUCUAUUCUAA